AUGUUUAUUAGCACAUCUCUCGUCAACACUGUAGCAAAGCAUUACCUUGAGCGGGCUGUCACGGCAAGAUUCGUGCGCUUUUGGCCCAAAGAAUGGGCUGGGAGACCCUAUCUCCGCGUUGAAUUAUACGGAUGCCAUGUUUACUCGAGAUCUGUUGAUUUCUCAAACCUGACAAGUAUGGCAAACCGCUAUCCUUAUUUCUAUACAUACGACGGAUCUGUUUUAAAGUCCUGGCACGGACGUUUGUCGAUAGAUGACGACUCCAAUAAUGCCCCCAGAUCAGCAUGGUGUGCAAAAAACAAUGAUACAAACAACAACCAGUUCCUUCAACUAGAUUUGAAAGUGACAAAAGUUAUUCAGGCCAUCGCGGUUCAAUCCCAUUCAUCAGAGGAUAAAUGGGUGAAAAGUUUUACCAUUAGUUCCAGUCUUGAUGGGCUGUUUUGGAAGCAAUACACAGAUGCAGGAAACUUGAAGGUAUUUGAUGGGAACACACAUCGACGUAGUUUAGUCAAAGUGGAUAUUAAAUAUAAUCUCCGUGCAAGAUAUCUGCGAAUUCACCCAAAAACCUGGUACAAUCACCCUUGUUUAAGGCUGGAGGUGUUCGCCAAAGAAGACUGCAUUGAUCCUCUAGGAAUGCAGAGUGGUCAAAUUUCUGACAAAGAUAUUACAGCGUCUAGCGCUCUGAGGGUGAAUUACGAACCCUGGCUUGCCAGGUUACACAGUCGGCUGGGAGAAGGAGGAUGGUGUGCAGGGAGAAAUGAUGAGAAUCAAUAUUUGGCGAUUGAUUUGAAACACCCUUACCACGUGAGACGAGUAGCAUCGCAAGGAAAGUCCUCAGUACCCGGAUGCAUUAUCCCGGACGCUUGGGUCACAAGCUACAUGAUGCAGUUCAGACGUGAUACACUAGACUGGUGGAACUACACUGAGAACAACACCAUCAGGGAGUUCUCUGGAAAUAUCAAUACCACCCAUGUGGUCACUCAUCACUUAAAGAGCCCCGUCAUUGCUCGCUAUGUGAGAUUUCGUCCCAUGAAUUGGUUCCAAAGAAUUUGCAUGAGAGUGGAAAUAUAUGGAUGCAAAGCUUGCUUCCAACCUUUAGGAAUGGAAGACUUCUCAAUACCGAGUAAAAACGUUGACUCAUCUGUAGCUUCAAACAUCUUCAAUGCAAGACUGAACUAUGCAGGAACAAACCAGUUCGUUGGAGGGCGAGACAAAUUCAUCUUACAAAUCGACUUAGGGCAUUUUAAGACUGUCGCUGCAGUCGCUACACAAGGCAGAUAUCGUGGAACGCAUUUUGUUAGAAUCUAUCGAUUGGCGUUUAGCAGACUGGAGGGUGAAUGGUUUUAUUACAAAGAAAAUGGAGAAGUCAAGGAAAUACAUGGCAACACAAACGCCGACGGAGUAGCUCUAAAAAUCCUACAUUACCAAGUUGUCGCCCGCUAUGUCCGUUUUGUGGUAGUAGAGUGGGUCGAAAAUGUUUGCUUGAGAGUGGAAAUUUACGGCUGCGAAGCCUGGUCAGAUCCUCUUGGAAUAGGAUCAGGAUUAAUAAGCAAGAGCAAAAUGACCUCAUCCAGUAACUCGGGACCUGGGCAUGAGCCAUGGUUGGCAAAAUUAAAUACAGUAUUCGAUAAGAUGGGCUGGUGUGCCGCUCCUUCUGAUUCAUCGCCGUACCUUCAGAUAGACAUGGGACGAGUUGUCACUCUAACUCAUAUAGCAGUUGCAGGAAAGAGUGGUGCAGGCAUGGUGUCUGAAUUUAAGUUUUCUUCAAGCGUUGAUGGUGGCUUCUGGCGCAUUUAUACGACAGUCUCUGGAGAAAAGACGUUUACAGCAGCUACCGAUUACUCACAGGCAUUAAAGUUCCCGAUAGAUUUGGAAAUGCAAGCGCAAUUUUUCAGGUUCCUCCCUAAGCAAUGGACUGAUUUGCCGUGCAUGAACGUGGAAUUGUAUGGUUUUGAUGAAUGCACGAGGCCUUUAGGACUGACGGAGUGGAUUAUACCAAAAGAUGCUAUGACAGCAUCCAGCUCGCUUGGAACAAACUAUGCACCUUGGAUGGGAAGACUGGGUUCCAGAGAAGGUGGUGGAGCAUGGUGCGCUAAAAGUAACGAUAACAUGCAGUAUCUGCAGAUUGAUCUGGGUCACGUGAGUGAAGUACGCAGCUUGCAGAUUCAAGGAAAAGAAGGAGUUAGUAGACAUCCUACUUUGGAGAGCGCUUGGGUGAAAAACUUCACUGUAUCUCAUAGUGUAGAUGGAAUAACUUGGACAGAUCAUAAAGACUUUGGUAUUUUGAAGGUGUUUCGUGGUAAUUCAAAUCCCCACGAGUCUAGAACUGUGUCUUUGGAAGUCUCGAUAAUUGGACGCUAUUUCAGAAUUUUUCCCAAAAGUUAUCAUCGUCACAUGUGCAUGCGAAUGGAGCUAUACGGAUGCCAAGCUUGUGAAAAUCCCCUUGGAAUGGAAAACUAUGACAUUCCAGACCAUGCACUGGUCACAAGUGGUACAUAUUAUGACGCAAUCGACGCUCGAUUAAACAAACUAGACAUAUUCCUUUUACCUACUGAAGUGGACGAGUACAUUCAGGUUGACCUUGGGCCCGGAGGCAAAUCAGUUACUGCUAUAACAGUACGAGGAAAUUUUGCUUCCUCCCAUAUUGACUGGAUUAGCAAAUUUGUUCUAAAUUACAGUAGGAACGGGUGUGAAUUUUUCUCUUACAUGGAGGACGGCACCGUGAAGAAUGUGAAGAAAAAAAUGGACUGGAUUAAUCGUCCAUUUAUUCAGUUGGAGCUCUACGGCUGUAAAGCAUGUUUAGAGUCGUAUGGUAUCGGAAAUGACCCCUUACUAGUUUCAUCUUCGUCAGCUUCUAGUAGUAGGCUUGGACACGAACCGGAAAAUGCACAGAAUUUCACCGACACAGGUUCCUGGUGUGCUGAACAGGAAAACGAAAAUGAAAACCUCCAACUUGACUUUGGAAAGACGGUCGUAUUAACUGGUAUUGCAACGCGAGGUCACCAUAGCAACGACGAAUAUGUGUCACAAUACGAGCUUGAAUACAGUGUUGAUGGAGCUCACUGGUUUACUUACACUAGUGCGUUUAGACAUGAAGACAUAAGAACCCAACUUGCCGCUAAUGUAGACAACGCAAGUGUUAGGAGGAUUGCCUUCUUGUACGAAAUCAAAGCUCGUUAUUUUAGAGUUGUUGCUAAAGUCUGGCAUAAUGGAAUCUGCCUCAGGCUGCAAGUAUUUGGUUACAAAGGUUGCGACGAAGACCUAGGCAUGGAAUCUUCAAUAGUUAGCAAUUCUUCUAUAAACGCCUCCAGUCACCUUGGUGAAGGUUAUGAACCAUGGAAUGCACGUCAUAACCGCCAUCAUGGAAAGGGUGCGUGGUGUGCUGGUCAAAAGGCUAAGGAUGAGUUCAUACAAGUGCAAUUCACCCGGAUUCACGUCAUUGCACGAGUUUCUUUACAGAGAAAAGAGAAAACAUCUCCUGGAGAUACAGUUGGUAAGGCCUGGGUGACCAAAUUCGUACUUGCGUACAGCGAGGAUGGUGUCAGUUGGUCAGAGUACUCUGAUGGUAAUGGCGUCACGGAGCUCACUGGUAACAAAGUACACGUCCUUGCCAACACGGUGCGUGCUCAGUUUGUGCGGAUUGUUGUUAAGGAAUGGUACCACCACAUCUGCCUAAGGAUGGAAUUUUAUGGUUGCCAAGCUUGUUUGGAGCCUCUUGGACUAGAAAAUUUCCAAAUUCCGGAUUCGUCCUUUUCCAGCUCUUCCUAUUAUAGGCGACCGACACGGGGUCGCCUAGGAUAUUACAAAAUGGAAAUGUGGGUUGCGAGACAUAAAAAUCUCGACCAGUUCUUACAGGUUGAUUUAGGCAAAAGAAAAACUAUUGCAGCUAUUUCAACUCAAGGAAAUCCUAACAUGGAGGAGGACUCUCGUUUAAGAGAGUAUUACCUACAGUACAGCAACGAUAGCUCCAACUGGAUGGACUACAUAUUUGAAGGGCAACGGAAAGUGUUUGAUGGUUACAAAACCCAGGGGGCAGAAAUAAGCAGGAAGUUUUUGCCUCAGGCCAUCGAGGCUAGGUACAUCAGACUACGAGCCAUUCAAUGGUACCAUUAUAUUGGCGCCAAAUUAGAAAUUUACGGCUGUGAAGUUUAACCAUGUGAAGCUAGAGGCAGAAAAGAAAAUCGUCAUGGAUCGUAAUGAGACUAAAACAUUGUUAUAUUUGUCACUAUGCAACAACUGUGCAUCCCUGUUUUCAUUGACACCGAGUACUCGAUGAAGUUAAUGCCUUUUGUUAGUGCACAUAAAUUACACUAAUCACGUGAAUCAUUUCUUUCUAAGUAGAGAUUCCAC